CAAUCCCCGACGGGCGGGAACCGUUGCCCCGGUGAUGGUGUUGGAGUUGACGGUUUUCCUUCUCUCCCCCGUGGGAGGUGGCGCAUCAGAGACGAGAGAGAUGAGACCCUGCCGAUCGAUGAAGGCCUGAACCCUGUGAUGAGCAGGGCUGCCCACCUUUCAAUGGCGCCCCUGACGAUGAGAAGCCCAACGCUGGUGACUGUUACCCCCCCACAACUGCUGAUUCCCCUCCCCGCCAUCAUUAUUCUGGUGGUCGGCGUCUACCUGGUACUGGUCGUCAUGGCAGUCAUCGUUCGUCAGUGGCUGCUGGCACGAGGGGUGUGUGGGGAGAGCAACUGCGGGGGUCUGGGUGAGGACAGUCCUUGUGGCCAGUGUCUGUUGACUCUGGCCCAGAGUUGUGACUGCCGCCUGCCCACCCUCACCAAGUGUAUGGACUAUUGCUGUCCUCGCUCACUGGGCUGUGGACGGGGCAACUGCCCUUGCUGCCCCCUCUGUGACUGUGCCUGUGCCUUCCAGCUGCCCGACUGUGAGACUACCAACUGCAUCUGCUUUGAGAUCAAACUCCGCUGAGGUGGGGUGGGGGGGGGGAGAAGGACAUUCCCUCAAUCCUUCAUUCGACCUUCCAGUGUCUUGGUAAUCUACAAUAUCAGAGCAGAAUGAGGCCAUUCAGCCCAUUGUUUGCUCAUGCAUUCUAACCCAUUCCCAUUCUCCCGCCUUCUCUGUUCCUCCCAUUGUCCAUCAACAACGUAUCAAUCUCUGCCUUAAAUACUUUCAAUGACUAGCCCUCCAUAUCUGUCCUUGCCAAUGAAUUCCACUGAUUCACCACCUUCCUGCUAAGGAAAUUCCUCCUCGUCUCGUUUCUAAAUGAGAUCCCCUUUUACUGAUGCUGUGCUAUUGGAUCACUGUCUGUGCCACUACUGGAGACAUCCUCUCCACAUCCACUGUGCUCUCAGCUUUUCAAUUAGACCUCCCCCCUCCUCCUGACCCCAAUCGAGUAGAAGCCCAGGACCCCAACAUGAAGCCUUUUCCUUCUAGGGACUGUCUGACUGAACCUCCUCUUUCCAAUGGCAGUAUCCUUCCUGAGAUAAGAGGCCCAAAACCGCUCACAGUGCGGGCUGACUGAUUCCCUAUGUGAAGCCUCAGUGGUGCAACAUACAACAGGCCCUUCAGCCCGCAAAGCUGAACCAACCUCUUAACCUACUCCAUCAUCAAUCUAACCCUUCCCACCCACACAAUCCAUCAUUUUUCUUUUAUCCAUGUGCCUAUCUAAGAGUCUCUUAAAUGUCCCUAAUGUAUCUGCCUCUGACACUCUAACCCUGAGUGAGCAUCCCACACAUCCACCAUUCUCUCUGUAACAAUGCUCUCUGACAUCCCCCUAUACUUUCCUUCAAUUGCUUUAGAAUGCCCCCACACAUUAGCCAUUUGUACCCUGGGAGAAAUGGGUAUUAUAACACCCCCUCCUAUUUACCAUUUCUACCCCAGGAGAAAGUCAGUGGCUGCCUACUCAAUUUGUGCCCCAUCUGGUACACCUGCAUCAGAUCACCUUUCAUCCUCUGCAUUCCAAAAGGGAAAACCCUCGCUUGCUUAAACUUUCCUCACAAGACACGGUCUCCUCUGCACCCUCUCUAAACCAGGCCGCAAUAUCCUUCCUAUAAUGAUGCAACCAGAACUGAACACAAUAUUCCCAGUGUGGUCUGAACAGGGUUUUACAGAGCUGCAACAUUAGCUUGCAGAUCUUGAACUCAAUCCCCCAACUAAUGAAGGCCACCUUCUGCCUUCAUGUUAGAGUCCUGGGUGAAUGAGAAGGGAGAGGACCGGUAUAUCUACGUCGAGGGGUGUUGCAAGUUGAAACUUUGUACUUUGCGCGGUUUUGUAUAUGAUAUUAAAUAUCUUUUACACCCACCCUCGUCCUCACCAGCUCUGGGUCUCUCUCCUGGAAAGACACUGUGGAAUAUCUCAUUGAGUACAUACUGGGGUGUGAGGGAGCUGUGUGUGUCUGUCCCGGGAUUCCCACACUGGGGGCUGAGGUAGAGGGAGCCAUGUGUGUGUGUCUGAGCUCUCUAUGCCCAGACUAGGGGGUGAGGUGGCGGGUGUCGUGUGUGUGCAGUACCUGCCCCGGCAGACCUCAGUGCCCACAGUGGAUACAUACUGGGGUGUGACUGAGCUGUGUGUGUCUGUCCCAGGAGCUCUCUAUGCCCAGACUGGGGGGUGAGGUGGAGGGUGUCAUGUGUGUGCAGUACCUGCCCCAGGAGACUUCUGUGCCCACAGUGGAUAAAGAGAGGGGGUUGAGGUGAGGGAGCCAUGCAUGUGGUACCUGCCCCGAGGGCACUCUAUGCUCACAUAGAGUACAGACUGGGGUGUGGGGGGGUGAGGAUAAAGGCGCUGUGUAUUAGACAAAACACAGAACUGUACUGCACAGGAACCACAAUGUUGUGCCAAACUAAUUCAACUAGUCUCAUCGAAUUCUUUCAGUCUACACUGUAGCAUCUCCCUCUAUAUCCAUGCAUCUGUCUAAUAGUCUCCACCGUCACCAUGGCAAUACGUUACAGGCACCCACCAUUCUGCCUUAAAAAAAACUCUUCACCGAACAUCUGCUUUGAACUUAUGCAACACUCACAAAGUGCUGGAGGAACUCAGUCAGGCAGCAUCUGUGGGGAGGAAUAAGUCGAUGGAAGGGGGCAGAAGCCAGAAUAAAAAGGCAGAAAAGUGGAGGGAUGAUGAAGUAAUAAGCUGGUGGGCGAUAGGAGGAAGGGAUCAAUAGGAGAGGACAGUGGACCAUGGGAGGAGGGUCUACAGGAGGUGACGGGUAGGUGAGAUAUCAGCUGUCUAUCUGUGAUUUCUCAGAUCUCCCAUGAUCCUCCACCCCUCCAGAGAAAAAAUCCAAGUUCGUCCAGCCUCUCGUUACAGCUCAGGCCCUCUAAUCCAGACAGCAUCCUGGGGAACCUCUUAUGCACCUUCUCCAAAGUCCCCACACCCUUUCAGAAUUGAAUGUAAUACUCCAGAUACGGCCUGACCAGUUUGAUAUUGCUGCAACAUAACUUCUCAAUUCUUGAACUUAGCAUCUCAACUGAUAAAGGCAGGUGUGUCAUACGCACCUUCAGACCUUCUUUACCAGCCUGUUAACGUGUGGGGCCCUUAUAGGGAUCUGUCGACUUGCAGUCCAAGAGCCCUCUGUACAGCAACACUGUUAAGGGUCCUGUCCCUUUAUAGGUGACCUCCAUAUGUAACAUUUCACAGCAUAAAACAGAAAGUCAUAGGAGCAGAAUGAUGCCAUUCAGCUCAUUGAGCCAUGGCUGAUUUAUUAUCCGUCUCAGCCCCAUUCUCCUGCCUUUCCCCCUGUUACCUUUGAAGCCCUGACUACAAACCAAUCACUUUACAUUUAUGGCCUACAUAGCCAUCUGUGGCAAUAAAUUCCACAUAUUCACCAAGAAAUUCAAAUAAGUUCACUGUUCAAAGUAAACGUUUAUUAUCAACGUGUGUACACUCAGUGGCCAUUUUAUCAAGCACACUCACUCAUUAUGGAAAUACCUAAUCAGCCAAUCAUGUGGCAGCAACUCAAGGACUAAAGGCAUGCAGAUAUGGUCAAGUCCACAGAUCAGAACGAGAAAGAAAUGUGAUCUAAGAUUCUGACCACGGAAUGAUUGUUGGUGCCAGACUGGGUGGUUUGAGUAUCUCAGAAACUGCUGAUCUCUUGGGAUUUUCACACACAACAGUCUCUAGAGUUUAUAGGGAAUGAUGCAAAAAACAACAUACCGUGAGCGACAGGGCACAACUGAGAGAGGUCAGAGGACAAUGGCCAGAUUAGAUCAAGCUGACAGUAAUGAUGAUGGUGGU